AAUCAUUAAAUGGAACUAUACAAUAUGCUCAUAAGUACCAAACACUUACGUUUGUUAAUUAGUGUAUGUCCCAUACGAUAUCUAUCUCUUCAUGUGUCUCUCCAAUGCAAGAAGAAUUAGAAUUUUCAAGACAUGUACAUAGUAUAAAAAGAGAUCAAUUUAACACCCCUUAUUGCAUAUUUUUGGUCCAAGUUGAAAAUCCACCUCCAUCCAUGGAUGCUUAUUAAAUUCCAACAAGAGUUGCAUGUGAAUGUCUCCAACUUUUCCCUUCUUUUAUCUCCCAAAUACGAAUUCUCCAUCAUCUUAACUACACCAAUGGCCCUACUCCCUUUACACCAAAAGCAAAAGAGAAAAGAAAACACCACAACACUUAUUAACUAAGAACAAUGGAGGAGAUGAUGACCAAUAGUACAAUGGUGAUGAUGAAGAACACCAACACCACAUUCUCCCAAGACCAAAAUCCAAAACCCCCCAUGAAUAUGAAUAUGAAUAUGAAUAUGAUCAGCACCACCCCCAUUUCCCCAACCUGGAAACUCUACGAGAAUCCCUUUUAUACCUUCCAUCAACAAGAUCACAUCCACAACCAAAUCCACAAACUCCACCUCCCCAUCUCAUCCCGCAAGCUCGCAGCCUCUUUUUUCGACCUAGCCUUCAUCAAGCCAGACGACUCCGAGCUCGAGAGAGCUCGCAAGAAGAUGGAGUCCCUCAACCGGCGGCUGGAGAGGGAGGUGGCCGAGGAGAGGCGCGGGCGGGAGGCACUGGAGCGCGCCUGCCACGACCUCGCGGAUCAGGUCUCGGCCCACAAGGCCGAGAUCGCGAGAUUGAAAAGAGAGAUGGAGGAGGAGAGGAGGAUGCUGCGCACGGCCGAGGUCAUCCGCGAGGAGCGCGUGCAGAUGAAGCUCUCGGAGGCGAAGAACUUCCUCGAGGAGAAGCUCUCCGGCAUCCAAAGCAAUGGAUCUUCUUUAUGUAGAAAUGAUCAUCACAAGGCUAUGACGGAGAAUCCGCAUAUAAAGAGAGGGAUUAAAGGGUUUGUGGAGUUUCCGAAGGUGGUGAGAGCGAUCGGUUGCAGAAGCAGCAAGCAUUUGGGGAGCAAAUUGGAGUGUCAGAAGGCGCAGCUGAAGAUACUACUCAAGCAGAAGGGGCCUGUUAAAUUCAGUGCUGGCCUUAUUACAAGAUGAGAUCUCCUCUUCUUUUUUUAAUCAUGUAAUUAUACUUUUAGUUUUGUUUAUGUUUAUUGAUUUGUUGUUGAUUUUGUUUUUGCUAUGCAUUUAUGGUUUGUGAAUGUAGAGAAAUAAUAUUUCCUUAGGAGGAGUAUACCGUGAUUGAUUAGUUGAAAUCAAUUUGAUGUAGAAAGGUUUUGUGUUUAUAUGAUUGCUGGCUGCUGUUGUUGGAAAUACAAGUUGCUUUUGGCAUUGAUCGUA